AUGGCUUACGGUGCAGAAUAUGUUAGAAAGAGCGGGAAGCCCAACUAUGCUGCUGCUCAUGCAGCGCAUCUUCGCGCAUUGGAGCGCAACAGAAGGGAGUCCGGUCGACAGUUAAUUGAAGCUUGUAAACGCGCUGAAGCUUUAUUCCAAGCUCAGAAGGAGGCCAGAGAAAUCACUGCUGCCAUCGCAGCUUCCCAGCCAAAACUGACAAAAAAGGAAGCAUUAGUCGCUGCUGCCAAGGCAGCAAAAGUAGAACGCAGACGACAACGCCGAAUCGCACAAGCUGAAGCCGCACUAUCUGCCAACGAGGCUAUUUCUAUUGCGCGCAGAAUGUAUGCCCUAAGACUUAGAGAUCCUUUGUCUGGAAAGCAGUUUGUAGAUGGGGUGGACUAUAAUGAUGAUGGGGAGGGCAACGAGCUGGAAUCUUUGGACGAGUUCAAGGCCAGAGUCCUUGGUUAG